CGAUACAGAAUGAAAUUUUUGGCUGUGUAGUAGUGUCUAUGCUUGUAGCUAAAAAAAGCCAGUAAGCCUUGCUAGCUAGAGAUGAUAAGAAUGAAGAUUUUUCUGGUGGUUGUGUCAAUCUACCUCUGCUGCCCAAGUGGAUCAGAUGCAUUUGGUAGCUUGAUGUCAACUCCUGAGUCCACCAAUGGAGUAGUCACAGCUUGUCCAGGAGAUCCCAUCUCCAUCACUUGUACUCAUAACAUCACUAUUGGUGCUAUUACUGAGUGGAGGCUUCCUGGUGUAUCAGCUCAAUGUCUUGUCGUUCAUGGAUCACCAAAUCUUCCUAUUUGUGCUCCCUUCACGGUCACCAUGGUCAGUGGUGGUUCAACACUGAGCUCAACUGUCGAGAUAACUGCCACUGAAGGACUGAGUGGUGAAGUGGAGUGCUUGUCUGGCCAAAAUGCUGCAUUAGUGUCUGUACUUGCCAGUAUAAACAUCAGUGUUGCAGCCAUUCCAACUCCCAACAUCACCAUGGUGGAGCAGAUAUCUCAGUCCAUGGCAAAUGUGAGCUUGUCAGUGGACAAUAAUACUCUGUGUGCUGCCACCUAUGUGGUCAAUGCCACUCAAGAUGGUGGCGAUGGGUCAGUGAGUGGUGGGUCAAGCUCUACAUCACCUGUGACAGUCGAUGGUUUGGAUGUGUGUGGCUAUAGUUACAGCUUUGUGGGGUUCGUAAUCACGCCUAGUGGAGUGUCGGGAGAUACGAGUGCACCUUACAGCUUCACUGCUGACCUCUCAGGAGUGAAUGGUGUUUCCAAUGUGAGUACUAAAUUGGAGAGUACAGUUUUGCAAUGGAAGCAAACUCUUAACACCGACUAUCCUGAUUGCAUCACAAGUUACUCUAUUGGUUGGAAUGGAGUGACUUAUAACACAACUGAUAUCGUUACCUGUUUGACUAGAGAACUAUUGAAUGACUCAGGUUUUCCUUUUUGUAUGAAUACAUCCGUCACCGUGACACCAAUGACACCAAUGGGACUGUUAGCUGGGAGAGACUCUACUGCAGAUGUCAGUUUAAUCGCACCAGAUUUUGUGACCCCUACUAUUUCUGGUGUAUAUCGGUUGAGCAGCACGGUCAUGGAAAAUAAUGGGACAAACAUAACCAUGAACAUCAUGAUGAAAGUAUUUUUUGGAAUGGUUCAAGAAAUAUCUCAGAUUGUUAACACCAGUCGUAUGAUUGGGUACAAUCGGGUCGGCAUGGCUUGUACACCUAACAUAGUGUUUACUGGUGAGUCAUUUGAAGUCACUCUUCCUGAUGAUGCUGACUUUGGAGAAACUUUUACGAUGUGUGUGCAACUGACCUCUGGAAACUGUAGGGAAAUGGCAUCGAGUGAUUUCACAAUUCCUGGUCAAAACAUUACUUCACAGAAUGUAGGGACAGUAUCUGGUACUAACUUCACUGUUACUCUGAACCUACCAAUCACUGAGUAUCGACUAGACCAGCUACUAGUCAUCACCUCUCUAACCCCCAACGACACUGCACCAGUUGUAGCCAACUUCUCUGCUAGCUACGAGUACACUGUGAUGUUCUCAGGUCUUAUGCCUGGUACUAGUUACACCUACACAGUUCGCAUUGUGCGUCGCAAUGACAUGACGGAAGUAAAUGUGGACGCUUUUGUGGCAGAUUUUUUAAUUGCAGCUCUCCCAACAACGGUCCCUCCACCUCCAACAACGUCUCCUACCGGCAGUGACCUAACAACCUCAUCACCAGGGACAACUUCACCACAGGGAGGAUGUACUGAAGGUUGUAUUGCUGGAAUCAUUGUUGGUUUUCUGUUUGUUCUAGUACUAGUUGUGGUCAUCAUUGUCAUUGUACUGUGUUACUGGAGCAAGACAAGAAAGUCCGGAGGAAUGAAGGUAUCACACGAAAUGGAGGAACAGAGUGACAAACUGACUCCCAGCCAUGGAGAUCAGGUGGACCCUAUAUCUGAUUCUCCCCCCACUGAGACCUUCAAGAACCCUGAAGCCGCUGCUGCUGACAAGUCACCUGACGUGAUUCCAGGGAAUGAAGAUGUGGAUGCUGGCCCAGACUCAAAUGCUCUGAUCUAUGCUGACUUGGAGAUGGCCACCAAGGACAAGAAUAAGGCGAAAGUUGAUGCCACAGUCACUCCUACUGGUGGGGCAGAGGGACAUGAAGCUGUGGAGUACGCUUCCAUAGAGCAUUUUAAGAAGAGUGAUAAGAGUGAGGGCGAUGAGGACAAUUAGGUCCACGGACAUUAUACACUUGUAGUUAGGAACAAACAAAAAAUAUUGUGAGAAGAUAAUUAUUAUGACACUGUUACAGUAGCAAUUAUUAUCGAUAUAGCUAGCCUACAUACGAUUUGUGAAUCGUAAGCUUCUUUGUAAUUAUAUGAUUUGUGCUUUGUACACAUUUUCACUUCCAUUUUUUAAUAUUAUACAAUGGUUACCUUUAA